AUGCACCCUAAGAAGGAGACAGUCACCGACGAGAGGCCAAUCCUACCACCGAACGACGAGCAGCUAUACCAGCUUGAAAUAGCUAAGGCUUCGGGUAACGAGCUCGUCUUCAAGGAAUGUUGCUACGGGAGGCGAUAUACCAAACGGGCUAUCUCGAGAAUUUCCACAUACAACCAAAUUGCUGAAGUGACCACCAACCAUGCCGUGCUCAAUAAGGGAGUGCGUGGUGUGCCAGACAAGAAAUGGUACGAUCUGAGAGAUCUCGGGAAGGACCGACGGACCGUUCUUGCCUGUAUUCCGUCCACUGCGAUUGGUUCCCGUCCGGCUUCAAACCCACAAUCCGAUUUCCGAACCGAACUCGACCCGACCAAUCACAAUGGUCGGCCCGCGACGAAGCCCGAUAGUCUUUCCCGGGAGGCUCCAAAUCAGCCUCGCUGA